AUGCAGGGGCGUUCCGAUUCAGAUCCGCCGCCGGCAAGCUCGUCGGCGGCGCAGGAUGUCCCUGGAAAGCUGCGGUCAACAUCCACGGGACAGCCGCUACUGUUCAAGAAACGCAAGAUUUUACCUCACCCGAAACCGAACGAUUACACGACAUGGAGAAGCGCCUCUGUAGGUGCUGCCCCGAAGCACACCAAGAUGGGAUUUGAAGCGGGACCAUUUGGGAUGACUUUUGGCACACAGUCUGCAGGUUUAAACCAUCUCUCGAACCAUGCACCUAGGCUUCGUCAGCCUGCCAGGAAAGGAAGCGGUCCCGAUUUGCCUCCUACCCCGCCGGCGCAUUCGCGCAACUCCUCCUCUAGCCACUCGGUCAUGCCACCGAGCCCACCCUUUGUUGAUACGCCCGACACCAGUGCCGAAGAUGUGCGAAAGUCGAUUUCGUCAAGCGCCAGCCCUCCCCGAACUCCCAGGACACCAACAAACCAAAGAAGCCCGCCAACUCCAGAAGUGACUCCUCCACAGCUUUGCGUUGAGAAGCGACCGCGUCUGGCUCGACCCCCCGUAUGCGAUCGCCUACCUUCCAAGGCGACCACCGUGACUUCCCAAACAGAAUCGUUCAGGACUGCCCCCGAAGUUCCAUACUCGUCCGAGGAAGAGGAUAGCAUUCCGGUGCUUAGACCCGUGGUCUCGUCCGUACGCACCUCUUCCCAAAGUACCGUUCGUCAAACCAACGACCAUAGCCCAAAGAACAACAAGAAACCGCGGACGAUCGGGCUUGGCCUUGGCUUGGAGUCGAGCCCUGUUACGAGCCCAGAACCGAGUCCCCUAACCCCUGGCUCAAAAACAUCAGAUCAGUUUCUAAACUUUGAUGGCGAGUGGGGAUCCGAUCAACGAUGGGAUCCAGAUGUGGACCGGACCGUCACAGCUCGGAAGCAGAAAUCACCUCGCGGAACGAGCAGUCAAGAGGUUGUCGAAGAUAAUACGGUAGCUGCCACCGCUGCGACGGAGGCACUUCGCACCAUGCAACUCCACCAAUCCGCUGUAGCUUUACCCUCACCGCAGGAAAUUCCUCGGGAGAGGGAAAGACGCCGGACCUUCCAAGUUGAACCCGCUUUCAGGCACCGAUCAUGCCCAUCGCCGCCUGACAUUGAACCUUCGCCGGAACUCAUUGCUUCAAAGAUCACGAUGACAAGACCUGAGAUAAAGCAGCGUAGAAUAUCAACUGGUUCUUCCAAGUCUACUACUUCUAACGUGACCACCGAGGCGUCUCUUGCCGAAACCUCAUCUCGGAGCCAGAGGACAUUGCGUCAUGUCAGGAAAUUAGACGGGCUACGGAACUCUAGGCAGGAUAUUUCUUCGCCAAAGCCAGAUUACAAACCAGCUCAACUGGGAGAUGAUGUGAUCAAACGGCCUCCUUUAAGUGGGAGGCUUUCGGAAUCGCGGCAUCAAAGCUAUGCCUCGGUCAGUACUACAAACACCAUGUCAAGCCGGAAAGCACGCAGAGAGGUGAUUAAGAAUGGAGGAAUUCCGGUGGUAGUGAUACCGCAACGUCGAUCAUCUAUCAAGUCAGCGAGCGAAUCACCGUCGCUGCGGUCAGCUAGAAGCAGUACAAGGUCGAGACGUAGCCAUAGCGUCGGCUCAUCGUCGCGAUAUCCUCCAUUAACACAACUUUCCAACGGCAAGGAUCUCACCUCAUACUUUGAAGCGAUUCCUCAUCGGGGCAGAAACCGAUCUCAGACUCAAACUGACGGUUCGGAGCCUGGAGACCAGCGCACCAUGGACUACCCUCCCAUUGUGCCCAGGCGUACGUCGUCACUUUCUGCUCCGACGAGUAGGAACACAUCAAGGGCGGGCUCGUUGACUGCCGAUAGUCUGAGACAGCUUGAGAACGCAACCAGCCAACAGCCCGAUGCGGACUUCAGAGCACAAGCAGCACGGGAGCCCCGAUCGCAAAAAUCAUACGACUCAAGGCAGGAUCUGCCUUCUCGCAGGAAAGAGCGCCUUGCCGAGGAACGUAGCGACCACAUAUCAUCUGCAGAUUCUAUCAAGUCACCACGACAACACUCAGUGCACAAGCUCAGCGUUGAUCAUCACGGGGACCCGUUGUUUGGCCGACGGUCGGCUGCCCAGCGGACACCGUUUUCACAGUAUUCGGUGGAAACCAAUGCGACAUCGCACGCCGAAGUGUCCGAAGCCCAAGCGGUUAAUCUGUAUGCACAUCAAAACACAUCGGUGCUGAUGGUGGAUCACUCGACACGACCAAGUGAAAGUUCAAACAGCUCUCUCGCACCCAGAUUGGAACGUCCCACAAUCAAGAUGAUCGACACAGACGCACGUACCGGACCGGUGACACCUCCGCAGCCGACAUUUUCCCUGGAUGAUGUAGAUUCGCCUUUACAAAACCCGCGGGCUCCCCCAAAGCCUCCUACCAACCAAGUUGUACCUCCAGCUAUCACUUUCAUCCCGGCCACCCCAUCAGGGCUGACGCCAGCACAGGAGAAGGAAAUGCAGCUCGGGAACUUUUACGACGAGGUUCCACAGCGUCCCCCUAUGCCCAGGCGUAUGUCGACCGUGGUGCGUAGGGCUUUGGGCCGGCGCGAGAGCUAUCACGAGCCGUCGGUAUCUGCUGCACCAAAGAGCUCGGGUGGAAUUUUGUCGCGCACGCUGUCGCUCACAAGGCGCUCGAGCCUUCGCGGCAACCGACCGGACGAUGCGGAUAGGGAGGCGGUAGAAAGGGAUAGGAGACACACAGUCUCGACAUAUGGGGACCCCGACAAUGAAUUGGCGGAUCCAAACAGGUUACAUCCUCUCUGGCGACCAGCGUAUGCGGACAACGAAUCCGAUCACAGCAGCGAUGAGGAUUAUGACGACGAACACGGCGAUCGCGACUACCACAGGCGGGCGGCACGGCCACCUCGAACCUUGUCAGAGCGGAUGAAACGCACUUUUGCCAUCCUGCCAAGUCGCGAAGACUACUACGGAUCUGAGGACCCAUAUGUCCAACCCAGGUCCCCCAUUCGUCGCACCGUGCACCGUAGCAACAGUGGCAACCUACGCGUGGUCAAGAACCGUGCCAGCCUCGAGUCGAUCUCGCGUCCGCCUAUCAGCUACAUGGGAAGACCCUACACGGCGCCGGGGGAGGGCCUAAAAGGCGGCAAGGGACGUGGCGGACUUUGGAGGUCUCUGUCUCAGCGACGAUCUGAGACUCCCGUAGUAGGUGGUGGUGGAGGGAGGGGCUCCCUGCCCAGGCGACGUUUGUCCCUUCGCGGCACGGCGCUCGACCCUUCUGGUGGACUUGGCUUGCUGCAAGACUUACCUCGCCGGCUCAGCGAACGCAGGCGUGAGAAGAGGAGUCAGGAGUUGCGCCGGACCAUCAGUGGGCCCCGCGAGGUCCGCGAUGGCGUCGGCGACGUUAUCAGGCGGAGGAGCGACCACCGCGACGCCUAA